AUGAUUUGCUACCAUGCCACCUGCUUCCUCUGCCAAGCGUCCGCAGAGAGGACGCCCACCAUGCCGGCCGCCUUUCUUGGGUUGGGCCUGCUCUUCAUGGGGUGCUCCAGGUGGCAGAAUUGGCAAGUCCUCUCCCUUCACGCAGCCGGACUUCGAGUUCACGUACAUGCACGGCUUGCACUGCCCCAGGUGGUGCAGAGCAGAGCCCGCCGUGCCCGCCUCCGGGCGCUCUGGCAGCCCGCUGUCCAGCGCGGUGCGCAGCAGGGAGGCGCAGGCCGAGGUGCCCCUACGGGCACCUUCCCCUCGGCCCACAGCUGGCCAGCGGCGCCCGCCGCGCCCAUCCCCGAACGCUCUGGGAGCCUGCCGAGGGACCCAGUGAGCAGCGAGGCGGCGGCCGGUGCCGAGGAGCGGCUGCGGCCGGCCUGGCGCGAGCGCGCGCUGCACCCCGAGCCGGAGCCGCUCUCCUCGGAGACGUCCGCGGACACCUCAGAAGGGCCUUGGCCGCACUCCGGUUCAGGUAGUGCUGGAGCUCCAGCGGCAGCUUUCCCCGCCUGUACCCGGGCCCACCCUUGCGGCUGCCGCCACUGCCGCUCGAGCUGGUGCAGCGGCUGGAGCUGCCGCUGGCCGAGGGACAAACAACG